AUGGAAAACACUGAAGACAAACGUCCUGUCGCUAAAGAAAAAGCCAGGAAUAUCAUAUGCUUUUUUGCGCUUGGAGUCUUGUCGCUGAUCUACGAUGAAAUAUGGGUCACUGCCGCUGAGGAUGUCUUAUCGGGGAGCAAGAUUGCUACCACAAAUGUAAUAAUCGCUAUUGCGUUGCCCGUACUGGCUGUUAAAAUUUCCGCACCGUGGUUUAUUCAAAAAUGCUCAUAUUUGUACAAGUCAGGUAUAGUUGUGUUUCUACUGGUUGCUGGAUUGAUGGUGAUUGUGUCGGCUGAAAGUGUCCGCUUGCGAUUGUUCGGUAUCAGUAUAAUCGAAUCAGGGGUCAGUUUUAGUGAGAUAACAUUCCUGGCAUUGACUGCAGCUUAUGAGGAUGUCACAGUAAGCGCGUUUGUAGCCGGCAUUGGUGUUUCCUCGCUCCUUGGACCAUUGUACUAUACAGGUAAUUAUUAUUCCAUUAUUACCAUUCUAUUCCCCCUCCACAUACACCUAAUUACUAGGGGUACCUUCCGGCAAGUGCCAACGAGGCGAAUUCGUUUAUCUUUUUAUGUGCCGAUUCAGAUCUUCGCGAUAUUUUUUUUCAUUAUUUUAGAGGUUUAAAAUGAAUUCCACUAUAGAAAAGGAUGGCGCCCAACUUCAAAACAACCAUUUUGGCACACUGUAGGCUUUCAAAACAACCAUUUUGGCACACUGUAGGCUUUCACUUUUUAAUUAUUUUAAUUAUUGUGGUAAAUAUGAGCAAGUACUUAGGGACGGACCAUUAGAAAAGUUAUGGUGGGGGUGGGGAAUUUUCGAGCCGCAGGAAUAUUUUUUCGUAAUCACAUUCCUUGUAUGAAUAUUUUUUUAGGGCAUGGCAUGAAUAUUUUUUAGGGUUAAUUGGCGUGCAUGAAUUUUUUUCAUUUAAUUUUCCCUUACACAAAUAUUUUUUUUGUACUUCCCCCCCUCCCCCCCAUACGUUUUCUAAUGGUCCGUCCCUUACGUUUCAUGAAAAAUUCACUUGUAUCAAAACUAUAAACGUUAGAAAAAUAAGAUAGUUCAAAUGAGGCCUUUGACAGCUGAAAUUAUAAACAUUAUAAACAAUAAUUAAAUUCCGAGCGACAGCGUCAUUAGGGAUAAGAAAAAUGUUUCGCGUGGUAACACACAUAAGAAAAAAUUGGUGUAAAGUAAAAUGUGUGAAAAGCGCAAGAAUGGGGCGGAAUGUAUCAGAAGUAUAAAUAAAAUACAAAGAUCUAAUGAGCGAGUGUCACAGGACAAAGAGUCUCCUGAAAGGCAUAAUGAUAGUCUUCAAAACAUCCGUUGCAUUCCUCACGGGAGUUUUGGGCUGUCUCAGGGCAAAUCGAGCAGCAAAAAAAACAUGCUGGUUGACAAAAUCUCUCUAAAGACAUAAAUAAAUCCUAAAAUGAAAGGUCUGCAAAUACGUUGAAUUCCUCACGGGAGGUGAGGACUGGCUCAAUUUAAAUCAACCUGCGAAGAACACGCUGGUUCUGAUAAAGUUUUGACAAUAUAACCCUAUGCCUUGAUCAACUACCGCUUAAAAUUCAAUUCACAAAGGAAAAGGGAACACUGAAAACCCUGGUUCUGAGUCGAGAAGCGUACACGCUACCUCAGUGUAAAUCGAGCUGCAAAGAACAAGCAGUGUUUCUGACAAAAAUUUGAGUGUAAAACCCUAUUGUUUAAAGCUGCUGCCUAAACGCAAGUUACAAAGCAAACCAGAGCAGUAAUUGCCCUUUCAAACUAGAAAUCGUAUUAAAGCUUGCUCACCUGUUAGGUCCUCUUGAACAGACAACGAGCAGCUGCACACUGAAUCACCCAAUUUCGAACCAAGAGUUGUAAAUACAAGACCAUGACGUCACUCCCCAAAUAUGGUCAAAAAUGCAAAUUUUAGAGAGUUACGGAGAAUUUGAGAGUUUUGCCUACAUUGCGCGGCCUUAUAAUUCUGCCGCCGAGGCAACCUCGCUUCUUAGCUCGGUUGCCUCGUUGGCAAAAAUUACGUUGUCAUAAAUGAAAUAAGAGAACAGAAAAUUGGAAAUAAACUUACUGAUAGGGCUAGGGUUCAAGUUUCAUUUUCCCAUUUCUCGUGCUCAUUCUCUAUAAUAAUAAUAAUAAUAAUAUUAUUAUUAAUAUUAAUAUUAAGCUUUAUUUAUCCAUCUUCUUCAAAAAUAUAUAUACUCUCUGUUCCCACUUCCCUGCAACUUGAGUUGCAUCACUGCUGAAAAAUCAGUUUAAUAGAGGUUUUGCACGUUUUACUUGACAAGCACUCUCUAGCCACGGAUGAACCUGUCUUGUAACAAAUCAGGCUGUUGUAGUUCUUCAGGGCCCGCGGAGAGGAUUUUCAAGUCGGGGGAGAGGGGGUUAAUGCGAAAGCGUAAGCGUGAGCAAACUAGGGGAAUCCGGAAAAAUUUCAAAUUUAAGUCUUCUAAAAUGGCUAUAAAUGCGUCUAAAACUGCCAAUAGUAAUAUAAAUUUGUAAUUAUUACAUCGGCACUUAAAACAACAAGUUACAACCUGGCCCCUGUAGAAGGCCUAAACGUAAUAAACGACCCUUAAUUUAACAAAGUCCUAAAUGCAAUAACAAUUUGCCCUAAAUGUAAUAAAUUCUUAAGUUUCCAAUUACAAUAAUUACUCGAAUAAGCGUCGCCCUCAAAUAAGCACCGCAUUUGGUAGUUAAUUAGCGCCGCGGCGCUUAUUCGUGUAAAUACUGUACUAAGCAGCAUUACUAUGGUAUUAAGCACCGCUAUCAAAUAAGCGCGGCAUUUUGGGGAAAAGUUAAUAAGCGCCGCGGUGCUAAUUCGCGUAAAUUCGGUGCAUUUCCUUAUGCACUGUGAAACUUUAAAACGUUUACAAAGUAACAGUAUUUUUCUAAAAAAAAAAACAAUAUUCAAGCAACUGGAAAACUUUUUUCCUGUGUUUGCAUAGCCGGAUAUAAACACUCGAGGGGUUGGGAGAAUUCGAGACAGUUUUGCAAACCCUCGACUUCGUCUUGGGUUUGCAUAACUGUCAAGAGUUCUCCCAACCCCUCAAGUGUUUAUAUCAGGCUAUGCAAACACUGGGAAAAAGUUUUCUAUCGCUUUAAUAAAAUAACUUUCCCGAGAAAAAAGAGAAAACUCUUUGUUUAGGUUACUGAUUAAAAGAGAAACUCUUACCAGUCGCCAAGUCUUCUACACGAAGCUUAAUGUACGUGUAAUUAGUUCUUGUUUUGCAAUAAAGACGCUUUCAAAAAAAGAGUUUUUCUCGCUUAAAAUGUCAGCUUAAGCGAAAAAAAAAUUGGCACAACAUGUUUGUAAAGAUUUUCCAAGUUUCAUCCGACGAGAGAAUGGGUAAAUAAAGUAAAUUUGUCGAGUUUUCAACUCAAAAACAUUUUGAAAUUCGUGCUUGUGUGAUAAGCGCGGGACGAGCAAAACACCUUGACUCCACACAUGUUUACAUGCUCUCAUGCAAACACAUCUCUCGGCCAAUCAGAGCGCGCGUACUAUCUUAGUUAUUUAUAAACGUCGUUAUCAGCUGUGCAGGUGUCUUUCGGGCCUGUUUACAUGGAGGUGGGGGACCCCAGAUAGGUGAGGUAACAUGCAGCGAGUCACCCCACCUAUGACGUAAACGUAAUCAAAUUAAAAUGAGAGAUUAUGUGAAAGGGGGGGGGGUUACCCACCAAAGCGGGUUACCUCACCCACCUGGGGUCACCCACCUCCAUGUAAACAGGCCCUUAGACUUCUCGUUUUUUGUUCUUAAUAUUUUAGCUGAUUAGAUCUCUUUUCUAGAGUUCCAAUGUUGACAAGCAACAGGAUCUUCGUCCACGGUUUUUGCGGUAAAUUUCUUUAACAAAAAUGAAGUAUGAAAAACUUUGUAAGGCUUACAACAACAACAACAACACUUUAUUCACAUUUCCAUUACAGGGUUUGUCAAACUUAUUGAAUAAUUAGUAACUUAACACGUAGAAUAUUCAAUUACAAUUUAAACUAAAUAUUAUUACACAGAAGGAAAUGCCUAGCGGCUAGAUAACCGUAAGGUUUUCGAGCUGGCAACUAGUUCUUUGAAAGUAGUGUCGAAUGUACAGGACAUCACAAUAACUAGACAUACAAAACAUCUUAAGACAUACACACACCAUAAAAAAAAAAAAGUUACAAGUUUUUUUUAUUAUUAUUUCGUCCCUUUACAAGCAAUUUAUUUGUAAAUGUCAGGUUACAUAGUGCAUAAGGAAAUGUACCGAAGCUUAUCAAAUUUUUUGUCCAAAAAUGCGGCGCUUAUUUGAGGGCGGCGCUUAAAACCAUAGUAAUACCUCUUAGUACCGUAUUUACGCGAAUAAGCGCCGCGGCGCAUAUUAACCCCAAAUGCGACGUUUAUUUGAGUAAUUACUGUAAUUUGCAACUUAAGAUUUUAUUACAUUUAGGACAAAAUGUUAUUAAAUUUAGAACUUUAUUACAGUUAGGGUCGUUUAUUACAUUUAGGCCUUCUGCCAUCGGCACACGUUAGACCAAAAUUCAAGUGAAGAGACUUUGAAGCUAAACCCAACACACGCAACGCUUGAGUGAAACUCGGACAUCAUGAGUUAAGUCGGAUUCUGUGAAGGUGCCAAAGUUGCCUUUCCAAUUGUCAUUAAGGUGGCUCCGUCAUUAAUAGUAGAGCAUUUUGCAGUGUGACAGAUUUUCCGUCAUGACUUUUUCGUUUUUAGAACGAUGGCUGCAAAACUUUGGAAAGAACAACAGAUAUCAUUCGGCAAUAGUACGAAAUAUUCUGAUUUCAUUGAUGGUAAAUAAUAUUUCUCGAGAAAUUAGCGCUUAAAAGCACACUAGUGUUCAAAGAAAAUCGCGUCUAGUGAAACAUUUGGCUGAUAUUUUUUACUGAAAUUUCUGGUGUCGGCUUUCAUUGACAUGGUAAAUAUGCCGGAGAAAAUUUCAGAAAAAUCUUUGGAGCAGAUGUCCGUAACUAAAAGUCGCUCAAAAUUCAGUAGUGAAAUUGUUUUGGAAUUUCAAAAAUAAAUUACUAUCAUGUAGAAGGACCCACCAGUUCCAAUUUUUGGGACAAGUAAAUUCAGUGUUUACUAAAAAUGAAAACAAAAGCUGAUUGCCUAUCGUGGUAUUCUUUAAAAGCUACUUUUUAGUUUUACAAGCACUAUAAAUUGCUCCAAACCUUUCUCUGACGUCGAAUGACUUGUCCCUCGACAUUUGUAAAAUAUCUCUUGGCAGUUUUGGUUCAAACGCCUGCUACAUAUACUUUGCUGUAUUGCAAUGCAUCCUCAACGGCUUAAAGUUUUCUGCUGAACGUUGCUUCCAAUUCAGGAAAAAGGUAUUGGGAUUGUAAGCUACCUUGUAUCGAAGCUCACAUAGAACUGUCCAGCACCUUUGUUUAUGACCAGAAAAUGAGCACGAGCGGCACUUCUGCGAGGAAUUCGCACCUCAGCCAGGGGGGACGAAUGACAAUGAAGCCCGUGUCUAUGAACCGAUCUGUAUAAACGUGUAUUGCAGAGCAAAUCAUAAUAAUCAAGAAAAAACUACCCAUUCAUCAAAGGAAGGAGUAACAGAAAUUUCAGAGUUGUAAAUUAAUUCACAGACAUUAUUUUUGCGAUAAUUCAAUUUUGCAGUGCAUGUGAUGUAAUUAGGUUUACAGGCAUGGGCAUCGUUGUCGUUCGUCCUCCAAGGCUGAGGUGCGAACUCUUCGCAGAACUGCCACUCGUGCUCAUUUUGUAGUAAUGAACAAAGGUGCUGGACGGUUCUAUGUGAGCUCUAAUACGAGGUAGCGUCCAAUCUCAAUACCUUUUUCCUGAGUUGGAAGCAACGAACUGCAGUAACAGACGUUGAAAAUGCAUUGCAAUAUAUCAAAAUGUAUAUGCAGCAGGAGUUUGAGCCAAAACUACCCAGAGAUAUUUUACAAAUGUCGAGGAACAAGUCAUUCAACUUCAGAGCAAGGUUUGAAGCAAUUUAUAGUGCUUCUAAAACUAAAAAGUACCUUUUAAAGAAUAGCACUUUAGGCAAUCAGCUUUUGUUUUCAGAAUUAGCAAACACUGAAUUUAUUUGUCCCGAAAAUUCAAACUGGUGGCUCCUUCUACCUGAUAGUAAUUUAUUUUUGAAAUUCCAAAACAAUUUCACAGCUGAAAUUUGAGCGACUUUUAGUUAGGGACUUCUGCUCCGACGAUUUUUCUGAAAUUCUUUUGGCAUAUUUAUUAUGUCAAUUAAAGCCGAUACCAGAAAUUUCAGUAAAAAAUAUCAGAAAUUUUUUUUACUAGACGCGAUUUUCUUUGAACAGAAGGGUCCUUUUAAGCCCUAAUUUAGCAAAAUAUAUUUACCAUCAAUGAAAUCGGAAUAUUCCAUACUAUUGCAGGAUGAUAUCUGUUGUUCUUUGCAAAGUUUCUUAGACAUCGCGUUAAAAACGAAAAAGUUAUGACGAAAUCUUCGUCACAGCUAAAUGCGCCCGUAUUAAUUACGGAGCCACCUUAAAUUAAGAGCUACAAACUUAUUGGCAACAGCUAUAAGACAAAGUUUGUCUUUUCUCUGUUUGUGGGUGUUCAGUAUUGUCAGAUUACUAAACCUUGUUUGUGUGGUAAGUGACAGAUCUGGGUAACCAAAGUAAAAAAAGAGAAAAAAAAAUUACCAUCCGAAUAAUAUAAGUGGGGGUGCUAAAGCCCCCCAACCCCAGCCCCACCCCCUGUGCGGUCCCUGAAUAUUAUAUUCAGAAAUUAGGAUUGGAAUUUAUUAGGGAACCAAACUCUCUCAGCCAACCGUUCCGGUACAAUGUUCGAUGUGUGUGAACGAGUUGCUCUAGUUCUGUGCCGUGUUCAUUUCCAGAAAACAGAGAGUGACGUUCACGGGGAGUAGUUAUUCUACUUUUUGCAACAAAAUCUGUACAUGUCGCGUUUUUUACCGACACAAAGCAAACUUGGUUUGCAUUAAGUGGCGAAACUCCCGUGUAUGCAAUGACUCCCGCGAAAUUUUACCCAAGCGGAAUUCAAUAUUUACGCAAAUAGACCUUUUUACCGAUACGGCGGCCAUAUAUUGAAUUAAUUCGAUUUAAGGAGUAUUUAUAGGAUGCCCAGGGGGCAUGAGCACAUUUCGUUUUUAUUUUCGAGCGCUUUUCGGGACAUUUUUUCUUAAAAUUUUCUUUGAAUAAGUUUGUAAUGGGAAAAAAAACCUUGUCCCGUGUUUGGAUGUAAUAAUGAUCGCCUUUUUCUAGUUUAGUCUUAGAAAUAAGGUCUUUCACUGUAUAUUUCUCGGGAAAAAGGCGAUCAUUAUUGCAUCCAAACACGGCACAAGGAUCUUUUUUCGCAUUAGAAUCUUAUUCUAAGAAAACUUUAAGAAAAAAUGUCCCGAAAAGCGCUCGAAAAUACAAGCGAAAUGUGCUCAUGCCCCCUGGGCAUCCUAUAAUUUUCCUUAAAUCGAACUAAUUCAAUAUGGCCGCGGUAUCGGUAAAAAGGUCUCUUGCAACUACCUGAUUAGUUGCAAGACAUGUUUGAACGUGGGUGAUAAGAUGCGCAACAUCAAUUUUCAACUUGUUUCGAAGCAAUGUUGCUAUUAAAACAAGUUGAGCGUUUUUGUCACCCGUUUUACCUUACCUAGUUAAGCAAGCUGCUGAGUAACUGUGCUCUAAUUUUCUCCUAGGGCUUACAACUUGGGCAUGUCUUCCACCAAGAACAGCAAUCUUAACAACCUUCCCCUGGCCCUUCGUUGUGUUAUUCCUGUACGCUUGCUUAGAGAAAAAACAGCACAGUAUAAAUGUAAACGAGAAAGAAAGCGGAGGUGUUAAAUAUAACAAACUGCCGACUUCUUCUGACACAGACUAUUCGGACUCCGCCCCUAGAAAUGAGUUAACUUGGAAAGAAAAGUUGUUAGUUGCCAAGCGCAUUUUACCCUACAUAACUUUCUUGUUCCUCACCUACUUUGCUGAAUAUCUAUCAAAUCAGGGUGUCAUUACCACGCUUGCCUUUUCCGACUCGUCUUUCAGCCCGAGGGAUCAUUAUCAAUAUUACAUCGUGUGUUAUCACUUGGGCAAGUUCCUUGGCAGGUCCCAUAUUUUCCUCCUCUCCUGCACCUGUUCAAAAGUGAUCCCUUAUGUGCGCGUCAGGAAAACCUGGAUAUUAGCGCUGGUAGAAAUAGCUCAUCUUGUUUUCUUCCUUUUCGCAUCGUGGUUCCGUUUCGUUCCGCAUGUUUCUAUAAUUCUUAUUCUCUGCGUAACUGAGGGGUUUGUAGCAGGCUCCAUGUACUUAAACUCAGCUCACACAGUGUCUGACGUCAUUGAUGAGCCAAAGGAGAGAGAAUUUGCUUUAGGAUUACUGACCAUCGGCAACGGUUUGGGUCAACUAACUGCAGGAUUUUUGGGUCUUCACGUAGAACCACAUCUGAAAAAACACUGUGUUUACGAUCUCGAGUUAAGGGAUGAAUGUAUCACACGAUUCCCGCAACCCUCAGGUUGGACAAAAAAUAUGCACUGUAAUAGCCGUGACUACAAUGUUAAGUCGAACUCCACAGGAUUGUAG